UGGAGUUAUAGAAGCUGUUGAUGUUUCAGUGGGAAUAAACCAUCAGAAAUUGUUUGUGAUUGGAGUUUACAUUUCACCAAAAAUUAAAACUACGGACGGCUACCUUUUAAUCUUUGGAGAUUUCAAUAUUGAUGUAGAAAAGUGUGGUAAAAUGCCAUUCGGUGCUCUGAAGCAUCUGUCACAGUGUGUACAGUCUGCAACAACAGAUUAUAAUUCACAGCUUGAUCAUAAUAUCUACACUAACAUUCAGAGAAAAAACAUAAAUACUGGUGUAUUUGAAAGUUACUUCUCAGACAACAAACCUUUCUUGACAAUAUGCAGUUUAACUCAGUAAAAGUGAUAAAAUUGUAAUAUAUAUAUAUAUAGUGAAUAGCCAACAGGAAUUAAUCAGCUUAUCUCAUUUGGCUGUCCAUACACAAACUCAGCUUAUGAAGACACCCAUCUGUCUUACUUUAGGAUCUCAUUAUCAUGUAUUUGAACUUGGAACAUGGCUUCUUGUUGCCAUUCAACUCUGACGGGUGAAACAGCGUGUAACUUCAUAAAGUCAUUUUCAAAGGCAGGAGCUUGAGAUACUGAAGGGGCUUUGGUAGGACCGAAUUCCUGAACAUGUCAAGAUUGUACCAAUUGUUGCAUGGGGCUCGUGCGGUGACCCUGCAGAGGCCAGCAAGUCGAUUGUUUCACACGAGCAUGUGUGUCGCUCAGGAUGGCAGGGAAGAGUCGAUUAAAAGUUUGCAGGAAAAGCAAUAUGAAGAUCAGCGUCGUCGCAAUGCUGAGGCAGGGGAACUCACUGAGCUUGUGCGAGAUUUCCUUGACCCAGCCACAUUUUACAGACAGUUGAAGAGCAAGGACAUUGAUUUCUUCUGUGGAGUACCAGAUUCUCUGCUUAAGGAUUUUUGUGCAUAUGUGACCAACAAUACUCCAGUGGAAAACCAUGUGAUUACAGCCAAUGAGGGCAACGCCUUGGGCUUGGCUGCAGGCUACCAUAUGGCUACUGGGCGAUCAGCGCUUGUGUAUCUGCAGAAUUCUGGACUGGGAAAUACUGUGAAUCCCCUGAUGUCACUGGCAUUGCCUUCCGUGUACAGUAUCCCAAUGUUGAUGCUGAUUGGUUGGAGGGGCGAGCCUGGGAAACGAGACGAGCCCCAGCAUAUCACUCAAGGACAGGCCACACCAGGGUUGCUAGCUGCUUUGGGAGUGCCAUUCCAGCCCCUCCCAGACUAUGAGGAAGGUGCAGAGCUUGCACUGCAGAGCGCCUGCCAUCACAUGGAAACAGUGAAGGGACCCUACGCCCUGCUCGUGCGCAGACAGACAUUCUCCCCAUACAAACUGCCCAAGAAGCCCCAGGAGUACCCAUUGACCCGAGAGGAAGCUCUGAAGCUUGUUAUAAAUGGGCUUGGUCACAAAGACGUUGUGGUCAGCACCACCGGUAUGCUGUCAAGGGAACUGUAUGAGUACAGGAUGGCACGUGAAGAUGGACAUGAAAGAGACUUUCUAACAGUGGGCUCAAUGGGACACGCCUCCUCCAUAGCUCUAGGCAUUGCCUUGCAAAAACACAACAGACAGAUUUAUUGUAUUGAUGGUGAUGGAUCUGUGAUCAUGCACAUGGGCACCAUGGCAACCAUAGGACAGAGGGGCCCUGAGAACCUAAAGCACAUAAUUAUCAACAACGGGGCCCAUGACUCAGUGGGAGGGCAGCCCACUGACGCGUCUAACUCUGAGGGGUUUGAUUUUGGAACAAUUGCACGUGGAUGUGGUUACAAAGAGACAUUGUUGGCUGUGACAGAGGAGGAGGUGGCUGCUGCUGUGACAAGGCUUCGUUUGACGAAGGGCCCCUUACUCCUGGAGAUCAAGAUACGACUUGGGGCCAGGAAAGACCUUGGAAGGCCGAAAACUAAACCCAUUGAAAACAAAAAGGAUUUCAUGCACUUUCUGGCCCUCUCAAAAUGAUUCGGCGUUGUAUGCAGCAUUUAAUACUUAAAAUGGAUGUGCUAUUUAAUGAUGAUGGAAUUACUGUGCUGUAGAUAAAUUAAAUGAGGUGAAUCUUUAGUGUUACGUGAUAAAAUGCUGCCAUAAACAUGAAAAAGGCAGCAAAAUCAUUUCCAUGCACCAAAAUCAUGACUUAUUUAUUAAAAUAAAUUAACCCUGGCAAUUUUUCUUUCUAUAUUUAAGGAAAAUGUUUGAUAAAAAAGUGAAAAGGAUUUUUUGCUCAGUGCUGAAUAUUGCUGAAAACAGAAAUAAAGUUGCCACAUCUAGGAUGUACAAACUUACGAUACAUUUGUUUCACAUAACUGCGGGUGUGCAAAUAUGAUUUUUAUAUAUGGCAAUAUGGAGGGAAGGAAUACAUUCAGGGUUGUUAAGUGUAUGUAGGCAACAUGGAAUGAACAUAAUUCUUAAAAAGAUGAUCAAGCAAUGUCAAAAAUCUAUCACUUAUGAUUGAGGUUGCUGAUAAUCGAUUGCAUAAUCUCCAAAUCGAUAAUCGCUACACGGCUGUAUUCUCUCAAAAUAGAAAAAUCAGAGAGAACAACAAAAUAGCAAAACAAAAUAAUAUUGAUUUACUUCUAUGUACUUUCAUUGUUCUGUACACAUGUUAACAUUUAGAUGUACUUUGUAAUUAUUUUAAACCACUAUGGUUUGAACAUUUUUAUGAGAUUUUGAUUCCAAUUAGAUCAUUGAAAAUUGAUAGGAAUUGCUUGACAAAUAAAUUUAUGAUGAUUGAUUAAUUAUGAUUUAAGACCGAUAUUCAAUCCCUAAUUUCUGUACAUGAAGAUGUUUGUGUUGUAUUUCAACUUUGUUAUAGUUCUAAACUGUUGAUGAUAUGCGUUGUGAUCAUACCGGUUAACUCAUCGGUCACCCAUGAUAGCUUUAUUAGCAUUUUACAUGUACAACCAAUCAAGUGCAUUGUGAUAUUAUAUUUUCAAUUUUGCUCAAUGUUAUUAUUUUUUUUAAGUUAUUCUUGUCAUAAAUUAUAUAUGUUUAUUUACACAAUUUUCCAGCAAUUAUAGAAGGCCGGGAAUAAUACAUUAGAAUCUCAUAUGUUUGUUCUUUCUGUAAAAUUGUCAAACACUUGUGCUAGGCCAUUGAAAUUAAAUGUACCUUGUCAAAACUCGCUAUGUCAAAGUCGGUCAGACCUCGGGAAAAACUUAAGAUAACGAACAUUCGAUAUAACCGAUAUACAAAAUAUGUCUAACUUAACCCAACAAAUUUGAAAAAGUUUGACACAACCAGAAAAUCGAGAUUAACGAGUUCGAUAUAGCGAGUUUCAACAGUUACUGUAUUGCAAUGUGGAAUUUGUGUUUCUUUGAAGAACUCAUAACCCUUCAUAAUUCUGCAAUUUUUGAGAAGUCAAUGCCAGUCAUUGUUGCUCUUUAUAAAUUAAGGCAUGCUUUAGCGAGUGAUCAUCAAUAUUUAACGUUAAUGAGAAUAAACAUGGAAAUUUCACACCUUUUCAAGUACUCUUUAACAGGCAAGAAAGUCCACCAGCUCAGUUUUACCAAACUGAAAACAUUUUUUUUCUAUUGUAAUAUUGGCAAAAAAACAUUACAGACCCUUCAAAGACUGGUGGGUCGGACAACAGAGUUCUGUACUUAUAUUUCAGCUGUUUUUGAUAUUGUUUUGUUAAAAUUUAAAAUUUUAUUGUAAGAAUUCAUAGUAUUUUAUAUGUAUUUACAUCAUAUUAAACUUGUAUUGACAUAUUUUGUGAAUGAUAAUCAAUUGUCGUAGUUAUUUUAUCAAUAUGCUGUACAAAUGUACAUUGCAAUAUUUUAUACAUAAAAACCAUGGUAUAAGAUUAAUUGUGCAAGCAUCAAAUUUAACUAGAGCUGUACCAAAUAUAUAUAAGGGUUGUCAUCAAUUUGUAUCAGGUUACACGAAGACUGUUACUUUAAGAUUUAGCUUUGAUUUCACAAGACCAAUUUUUCUAUUUUAAAUUACUUGACUAAAUUGUUCGUACUGCUUAAAUUGAGCAAUAGUUUUUAUUGCACCUUUUAAUUUUCAGCAUUUAUUUAUUUGUAUUGAUUUUCAUAUUUUAAUUCCCAUUCUGGGCAAAACAUUUCACUAUAAGCAAACAAAAUUACAUCCUUUUCAUAAUCACGUUUCAAAAGAAGUUUACUUGUUCAAUCAAACAUAUGCCUAGAUUUUGUAGGCGAUUGAAAUCUUUACCACAAUAGUUUUUCAUAACCAUUAUUUCCCUAUAGCCAUGCAAUAAUUUGUGUUAUCGCAUGUAUGUUGCUUUAUACUUAUUUAAUAUUAAUACUCAGUAGUCCUGUUAUAAUCUGGUUUUUAAGUAAGCUUUUUCUUGUAUCCAGCAAUCUGUAAUCAUUUUAACUGUAGAUGUCUGGUGAUGUCAUAUAAUUUCAGUAUCAUUAAGUGUUGCAUGCUGAUUACUUAUAUGUAAAAUAAAUGACAUAAACUUUAACUGAUAAGGUUGUGACAGCUGACAGUGUUAUAUCUUUUUUCGGUAUAUUUUUUACAUUUUCUUUCGCUACGCAUGAAACCCUUUCAAUUUCAAAUGAUGCUAAAAUAAUAUGGGGCCACCAGGCAUUGAAAAUUCACAUUUGAGUAUCGCAUAUGUUAUUAAGCCAUAUAUAUUUCGACUGAUCUAUUUGUCUUCAAGAUGGAACUAGAGAUUGCUUUUUUGAAAAAGCGCAUGUCUCCCCCAUUGUGUGGUCGUAGGUGAGAAAUAAUCAAUGAUGGAUCCCAAAAUCAAUAGGGGCCAUCAACUAGUCAUGACUAACUGGCAUACCAAGUAUGAAGUUCCUGGGUGUAAACGUUCUUGAGUUAUUGAGCAGAAACCGGUUCUUCACCUCAAGGUCAGUGACCUUGACCUUUGACCAACUGAUUGCAAAAUCAACUAGACAUCAUGACCAACCUCACUUCAAAGUUUGGUGAACCUAGAUCAAAGCAUUCUCCUGAUAUUGCACGGAAAUAUUUUUUUACAUUAGAGGUCACAGCGACGUUGACCUUUGACCUUGUGACCCCCCAAAAUAUAGGAGUUUUCUAAACCUCAUGAUCAACCUCCCUACCAAGUUUGGUGAACCUAGGUCAAACCAUUCUCAAGAUAUUGAGCGGAAAUGUUUUUUACAUUGGGGGUCGCCGCGACCUUGACCUUUGACCUAGUGACCCCAAAAACAAUAGGGAUCUUCUACACCUCAUGACCAACCUCCCUACCAAGUUUGGUGAACCUAGGUCAAACCGUUCUCAAGAUUUUGAGCAGAAAUGUUUUUUAUAUUGGGGGUCGCCGCGACCUUGACCUUUGACCUAGUGACCCCAAAAACAAUAGGGAUCCUCUACACCUCACGACCAACCUCCCUACCAAGUUUGGUGAACCUAGGUCAAACCAUUCUCAAGAUAUUGAGCGGAAAUGUUUUUUACAUUGGGGGUCGCCGCGACCUUGACCUUUGACCUAGUGACCCCAAAAACAAUAGGGAUCCUCUACACCUCACGACCAACCUCCCUACCAAGUUUGGUGAACCUAGGUCAAACCAUUCUCAAGAUAUUGAGCGGAAAUGUUUUUUACAUUGGGGGUCACCGCGACCUUGACCU